CAAUUUCCAACUCAGUUGCGUUACGGCGUUAGCUCGGUCGUCACCGUUCUGUUCUUCCUUCCAGUCCAACUCCGUACUGUUUUUGUUUUGAAAGACUUUACCCAUGACGAGCUUCCCGCCCGCCCAGAUGAUCUGAGGCGAUGCAACUUUGCCGGAAGAAGAGGAAGUGGUGGCGCCGAGGAGUCGCUUCGCAACAUUUGAAUUUCGUUUUGUGUCGGUUUUUUCGAUUACAACUGAGUUUUUAAAAGUAUAUUUUUACCGUUUCUACUCGUCAUCAUAAAUGGAAUCUCUUAAGACUGAUUCGCAAAAGCUGGAAGACGACGACGAUCUAGACCCAAGGAUUCAAAUAGAAUUGGAACAACUGAAUAAUUGCACGGAUCAAAUCAACAAAUUGGAAAUCGAGCUAGAUGAGGCGAACACCACCUUCAACAUCCUCCUGAACGACUCGACGAGGAGGUUGAAAGUCAUGACCUGCAAGCUCGGCAGUUGCAUCGAAAGAGCGAGGCCGUACUACGAGUCGGUGGAGAUCGCGAGAAAGGCGAGGGUCGAGUGCCAAAGAGCCGCUGUCGAAUUCCAAAGAGCCAAUGAAAUUCACCAGGCCGCCAAAGAAACGGUCGCCCUCGCCGAGGACCGGUUCCUCAGCAAACAGCACGAAUGGACGUUCGACAACGCCUGGCAAGAGAUGCUGAACCACGCCACGACCAAGGUCACUGAAGCUGAGUACAACCGGGCCGAAAAAGGCAGGGAGCACCAAAAACGAGCGACGCUAUUCAACAUGGCUGAGCAGAGGGUCCUGAAUCUCGAGGGGAAACUUAAAAGGAGUAUUAUAAAAUCCAAACCGUACUUUGUGGAGAAAGAAGUUUGCCAAGGUCAGUUGGACGCUCAGAAGCGACGGAUCGAUCAAGUCCAAGCCGAGAUCGCGAAAGCAAAGUCUGAUUAUUCCGCAUCGCUUAGGAGACUUGAACUUAUAUCAGAAGAGAUUCACUCCCGAAGAAAGGAUAAGAGCGGAAGCGUAAGUCCUUCACCUGUUGGCCCGAGGGAACCAGGAGUGGGCGCUGAACUUGAGUGUGAAGAGAAAAAGAAAAUUCCUUGUAUAAAGAAAGACAUUCAUCUUGAACGGAAGGAAGACGCCGAUUGCGAUGGCGCGGUUGGAAGCUGCUGGGAUAUAGAACAAGAAAUGGAAAGGGCAGAUUUACGCAGUUUGGGCAGUCUCAGCAUGGCUACAUCUUCUGCAAUAUCGGAUAACGAAGAACUCGAUAUUGAACCGUUAGAAGAGGAUUUGGAAGAAUUGAGGCAAAGAGUAAGGGAUUUGGCCGUGAUCGAGGCGCCUAAAGGAGGAGACGAUUGGGCCACGGAGUUAAGCGAGGCGAUAUCCCGCCUUGACAACGCCAUGUUGCAGCAAGAAGCCAACGAAGAGCUUAAGGCGCUUGCGGUGAAAGCUUCGACGCCAAUAAGAAACUCAACCCCCGGUGCAUCUGGAAUUUAAUUGUCGAUGUUUUCAUUUUACCCCUCUUACCUGAUUGAUCCAACAGACGAGUAACUUUAUUCUCCCUUAUAUUUUGUACUUGGAAAAUUGUAUCUCUUUUCCUCGAUGAUGUGAUUUUUUUAAAAUAAAAUCUUUUAUUAAAAGAAAAAGAGAAAAUGUGAUAAUUGACAAAAAACAAUUAUGGCUAAUUUAUCAAUAGGCCAAUGAUCUGUUUUGUUUUUGUUUAGCAAUUUCAAAUUAACAGUUGAAAAAUUUAUUAUACAUAGUUUUCUUUUCCUCUGACAUCAGUCAGCUUAUUUUUGUAAUAUUUUAAAAGAGAAAAUAGUUGAAGCUUUAAGUUAAUUUAUUAAUAUAUUAAUAGGAUGUGAUAUUUAUUUAGGUUGUUGUAUUUGAAUUGAAAAUUUCAGAGCUGUAGAUUGUAAAUAACCUACAUUUUACUCCGUUUUUUCCUUUCCUUGUAGAUGCUGGAAAAACAAAUCUUGCCUUAAUUUUGUUUGUUGUGCCAUAAUUUUAAGAUUUUUUUAAAAGUUUUCUUAAAAUCAAUUUCCAGUAACUUUAUUUUAAGUAUGUACGUAAAAAAAUUACGACUCCUUAUUAAACUUGUUAAUGUGUAAUAAAGUUGUAACAGGAGAUAUUAAAAUGAGAUAAUAAAAUGUGUAAUUG